AUGAAACUUGCCGAACGCUUGCAAUUGAAAAGUACACCUAGGCUGAAAUUUCUUCACCGACCACAGUUUGGCAUACAGCGACGAAAUUGA